AUGGCGAGAACGAGAGCAACUAAAGCUGCUGCUCCAGCAGAAUCGAAAGCUUCAGAGCCCAAAACUACUACCUCCAAAUUUAAUCUGUCGCCUCGCGCUGAAAACGCCUCUAAAGUCUUUGUACUUCCUACAAAGGCCUCAUCCGAAGCGCGUAUUGUCACUCUUCCACACCCCAGACAUGGCCGAGCCGCGAGAUACCUGGUGUGCCCUGAAACGGGCAUCUACGAAUUCACAAAAGUCGCGACACCGAAGACGACACCUCGCAGCUGGUUGAUCGAGACUACACCAGAAUCUACCUCUACAGAUAGUACCAGCAACGUUGGGGUUUCAAUGGGUCAGGACCUCUACCUGGCUACGUUGAUCGAUCCCCUAUUCCUGGUCCUCCCAGCACUGGCCGAGACCCAGUCGAAAAGCUCGGAGGGCAAACGACUGUUCCUCUCGAGUGAUGACCAUUUCGAUAAGCUACCACAGGAGUCUUCUCAUCUAUCAGAGAUUUUGCGAUGCAAUAAGACACGAAAGCUCAUCGAGAGCCGAAUGGCCGCGAUAUGCGACACCGUUGAUGCAGGAGACGAGAGUAUGUUCAGAAUAAACGAGAGCAAGCUUGCCAAGGCUGUACUGGAGAAGGCGCAGAGGAUGCAGGAGGGGGGACUUGCUCCAACUUUGGAGGAGAAGUUUGUGAAGAAGGCUCUUGAAGCACCAAUUCUUGUACAGACGCGAGAAACAAGAGAAACAACAAUAACGAAAACAGAGUCCCCGGCACCUGCCUCAGACUCCAACGAUUCUCAGUCAACGGCCGCCACAGGAGAAACCGAAGUCUCCCAAGCCUCAACGACCGCCACAUCUUUAACAGAAGAGACUACCACAGAGAACAUAGUCAGCGCCAUUGAGGCUUCUGCCGAUGUUGUGUCUCUCCAGAGAUUGCGAGUUGCGUUCAGUUUCAUCUGCUCGGGUUAUAUUUCCCAGGCUCUUUCUAAUCAGCUGGAGGAGCUUCUGAAGAAGGAGGAAUUGGUGGAUUUCGCUCCCCUGGAUGAUUACCUGGCUAAAUUGGCCAAGUUGCGCGCUGAAGCCAUGGCUGCGCACUCUAUCGAUUACUCGCGCAAGCGUGGGUUGGAUGAGGAGGAAGACGAAGCUUUCGUCAAGAAGAGAAAGAUGGAGGAGGAAAAGAAGAAGAAAUCGCUGGAGAGCCGUGGCGUCCGGAAUCUCAAGAAAGUCAACACCACAGGCAUGAAAAAGAUGAGUGACUUUUUCAAGAAGAAGUAA